GCCAUGGCGAUUCAUCGGCUGGGCCUCAGUCACUCAUCUAGAUGAAAUUUGUAUAUUUUGUGACGAACGGGAAUCAUCUAGCGAGUAAGGGGUUGGUAUGCAGCAAGAUCAGGCGCGAGCUCAACCGCGUGUCUCCCUUCAAAACGAGCGUCUUCGGCAUAUGAAGAGCGUACCAAGGCAACAGUGAAGGCGGAUAUCAGCAUACACUCAACCGCUCAACCUCAAGGCAUUCGAUCCGAACGCAGUCGAGUGGCGCGCAUUCAAUACGAUCAUUCCGCGAAGCGCUCUUCGCGCACAGAGGCUCUUCGACAUCAUGAAAAAUGAGAGGACUACGAUGGACACUAGCGUCUAUGACCCCGCUCGUCAUUACGCCAUGUCGCUCAUCUGGGAACGAUAUGGCCGCUGACGAAAAAGUGGCAUACGUCGCGGGUGCUAACAAGUUUCCCUUGCCAAGAUCUGCAUCAAGCCAAAGCGUAAGAGUACGGCACGUCAAGAAGAGGCCCUGCGUAUACAUUCGUUCUCGCGGCUAUCGGCGUUCAUCUUGCGGCAGGGGAUGGUCAGGUCUCACUUUUGGUCCUACCGGCGUUCACCAUUCGAUGUCCGCCUAUUUACGACCAAGCUAUCUGCUACAGGCGAUUAUGUCCUCGACCACUAGCGCAUGCGCCGCCCAACAUGGAAGGAGUAACGAGUACGUCUUCCCUAUCCCAAGUCGUCGCAUUUUCUAUCAUCCCAAUCCAGUCGUACUUAUUUUGAAAGCAAAUCCCAUCAGGUCAACGGAGAAGAAGCGACCAUAGACCAACACCGCCUGCGCGAUGAUUACCUCUUGCCCUACAAAGACAUGUCAAGUCCCCCCGCGUUGCGACAUGCGAAAGCACAGUUAGUGACUUCCCCCUUCAUAGAUCGCCGUCUAGACUCUAGAAUGCGGGUACUCACUACAUUCAGCACACCAUUACUGCUGCAGGACGCCAAUCGACAUCAGGAAAAACCUCCGUGCAAUUUCGCACUCACCAAAGCUAUACACGACUACGGAGCGUCCCAUAGUGCGAGGUGGGAGCGGGAUAGUUUGUCGUAGCAUUGAAUAGUCGUUAGUGAGGUGUGGAUAGUACCUGUAGCCUCCAAUUGGAGCUGUGCUCGAUAUCGGCCAUCCAAUAUUAGUGCUGACUUGUACUGUAGAUUCCCGUAGAUGAGUAGGGAGGCG